AGCAAAUUCCACUAUCUUAGACACACCGGCGUAUCUGAAGUCCCGCGUGUAAUUAUCACUGGCGCAAGUUGCUUGUAACCAGCAAGGCAUGUCAGCCAUUUUAGCACUUAGUACGCUGCUAGUUACAAGUGUAUGUUGCUUUUAUGAUUUGUUUAUAUUUGAAUUGAAACAGAUAAUGAAGAUAUUUCGUCGACAUAAUGAGGCUGUGAUGUCACGAUGGAUACAAAUUAAAACGACUCAAUCAACACUCGACGUGGACAAGUUUACCCCGAGGAUUAUACUCGCAUGGCUGCCCGAACUGCCAAACAUGGAGAGACUUGUGUGUUUGCUAACCUCACUUUUCAACCAGUGGUUUGGGUAUACCAGCGUUCCAAGUAUUGAGUUACAACAGAAUUUGAAGGUUUCUGUUCUUGAGACCCAACCGAGAAAAACAGCGAAACUUGGUCGAACUUUAACCUUUUGUUAUCUAUGACCAAACAAUGCUCGAUCUGUGACCAAACAAUCGCUUUGUCCACUCACAGACCUCGAUACACAAGCUCGCUUCCGAUUGGUCGACGAUCAAACGAAGUUUAAUCGUAAAACAAACGAAGCAGUUCCGGAAUAAAAUAAAAAGUUUAACAAACGACAAAUAUCGGGUUUAAUCUUGUUACAGAACAAACAAAGUAAUAUCCGCUUGUAGUCGAUUAUUUUCUGUUUGUUUAAUUGUUGUAGUAAUCGUGGCAAAGAGAAUUUCGUUGUUUUGUAAUAAUGCCAACAAAGUAACUUUCUCUAAAUGACGUAACAAACAAGAACAAAAACACAUCGAAAUUCUUAGGCUAUUGUUUUAACGAGCCAAGCUCACAAUGAGAUUUAUGACGUCAUAGUGGUGCAUUUUUAAACAGUUGUGACGUGACUUUUGUUCAAAUAAAAUUCGUUUGUUUCAACUUUAAAGUAUUGUGACGUAAUAACUGUUUCGAAUGAACCGAUAAUGCCGCGAAACUUCUGUAAAAUAUUUCAAGUUAUUUAA